AUGACCCUAUUCCACGGCGUGGCUCUUGUCACAGGUGCAGCGUCGGGUAUCGGGCAGGCUAUAGCGACUUCAUUCGCCCAAGAAGGAUGUCGAACAAUUGUUGUCGCAGACCGUAACGCCGAUGGACUUCUUGCGACGGAGAGGUUGGUUCAAGCCGCUGCUGGAUCGGAUGGAGUCACAGUCCUUCGCAUUACAAUGGACGUCUUGCAGGAAGAUCAGAUCACGAACUUGAUAUCUAGAGCCGUCGAGGCUUUCGGACGUAUCGACUACGCUGUGAAUGCCGCUGGCAUCCUCAGCAAUAACGAACGAAGCCACGAAACCACCACUCCUGACUUCGAUCGCAUCAAUGGCGUCAACUACCGUGGUUGCUGGCUCACUUCUCGAGCCGAGAUCCAGCAGAUGCUCAAGCAAGAACCUUUACCAACGCACGAUGGUCGACCAGGCAGUCGUGGUAGCAUUGUCAACAUCGCCAGCCAACUUGGAAUCGUGGGAAGACCGGCAGCUGCGGCAUACUGUGCAUCGAAGGCAGCUGUCAUUAGCAUGACACGUUGCGAUGCUAUUGAUUAUAGCAAGGACGAUAUCCGCGUCAAUUGCGUUUGCCCGGGCGUGAUCGAUACGCCCAUGACACGGCCAAACAUGGACGUCCUGGGACCAGCAAUAGCGAUUGCCCCUAUGUGCCGAGCUGGGUCCGCCCAAGAGGUUGCAGAUGCCGUCUUGUUCCUGUCCAGCUCCAAAGCCAGCUUCAUUCAAGGUACGGCCAUGGUUGUCGACGGCGGGUAUACGAUCAAUUAG